GUUCAUUUCAAAGCAAUAAUUUACCCUUGGCAUUGAGUUACUGCCCUAGAGCAGUGGGUAUAACUGGCGAAUUGUAUUAUCCUCACCAGGUGAUGGUAUAAGAGGGGGAAUGUUUGGGAUUCCAGGCCCCCCAGGUCCCCCUGGAUCCCAGGGACACAAGGGAGAGCAGGGUAGCUCUGGGUACGGCCACGCCUUCGACCACAGGACCAGCGAGGGAAGAAGGCUGGCUGAGACUGAGACUGAGACAGACUACUCCAAUAUAGCGGUCCGAGUGACUGACUACAUCAAGUACCAUGGUCUGUUGAGGGACGUGGUUGACAACCGGUCUCAGCUGGAGAAGUCACAGGUUGUUCAAGGACCCCCAGGACCCCCUGGCCCUCCCGGUAGGCCAGGAUUCAGCCGUGUGUUUGGAUCCCAUAGUAACGCCACUGACCUUGUGGAAUACAUCAGAGCCCAUGGAAACACUGUGGGACCCCCUGGAAGGCCAGGACAGAAAGGGGACAUAGGACAUACAGGUCACAAAGGCGAGAGAGAUACCUUUUUGUUCCAUUACGCCUUUGAAAUCUUGAGAGUUGCACUCUUGAUCAUUUGCCAGGUCUUUGUAAACCAUUGUGUUAAGUGACUCAGGCAAGACAAAGUCAUACAAUCAGUCCCAUUGUGACACUUUCACUCUGAAUUCUGGUUAACUAGGACUAGAUGGAAUCCCAGGAAGGACAGUCCUCCCUGGUCUGGAGUGGAAAAGGGGGGGGGGGAGGUACGUCAUGAUAAUCACAGAGAACCUACUCAAGUUUUCCCUUUGCCAACAUACUUAAGCAUGAUGCUACAGUAGGAUCCAUUCUAGUGAUACUAUAUGUAAUUCUGUCAUGAUAGUACCCUCAAUACAAGUGUCCCUGCUAUGCAUGAUGUGUCGAUCUGACCUAGUUAUGCAAAAGAGAUAUGGCUUCAUUAAGAUUUCACAUU